UCAACCCUGUUGUCAUUCCCCACUGGUACAAUACAUAUUUAGCUGAUCUUAGGUGUGUAGGUUAGUUAGUUCCUCAAUUUGUAACGAAGUAGGGCCUAUAGAAAUGAAUGAAUACUUUCAUAUUUAUAUCAAAGUAUUCAUUUCAUUUAUAAAUGAAAAUGGACGGUCUGCCUCAGGUCAGAGGGACACUUGACUCAAAUUAAUUGCGCCGAUUAGGGAACCAGCCUUGCUCUCUUUGCACCUCCCGACCACUGGAUGUCACUAAUACACAUAUCGUAGAACAUUUUGGAUAGCUGUAAAACACACGAAGAAAGAGCAGAUUCAACAACAGUGCGGCAGGUAGCACCAAGCAUUGAGUCUGACCCAGAAACUAGAAAAUGCCUGACGAGCGCGCUUUGAAGAACCCAUACAAAGAUUACGAUGGCACCCAAACCUUGUUUGACGCUCAAGGAAACCUGACUGCAUCCUUUGCUGGCCGGAUCACCCAUAAGAUCAAUGACCUUCUGACGGCCAUGGAGAAGGGCCUAAAGUCGGCCGACCCCAGGGACUGCACAGGCUACACAGGAUGGGCCGGCAUCGCGCUGCUCUAUCUGCACCUGCAUGGCGUAUUUGGCGAGCCCUCCUACCUGCAGAGGGCGCUGGACUAUGUGAGCCGCAGUCUAAGCCUGACGGGCCGCUGGAUCACCUUCCUGUGCGGCGACGCCGGGCCGCUGGCCAUCGCUGCUGUGGUCUACCACCGCCUGCAGAGGAACCAGGAGGCCGACGAGUGUGUCAACAGGUUGCUGCAGCUGCACCAAAGCGUGGUAAAGGGAGUUGGGAACCUGCCUGAUGAGCUGCUGUAUGGCCGUGUGGGGUACCUGUAUUCACUGGUCUUCAUCAACCAGCAGUUUGGCCAGGAGAAGAUCCCCAUGCAGUACAUCCAACAGAUCUGCGACGCGGUACUGGCCUCAGGCGAGAGCUUAGCCAAGCGCAACCGCACCCAGGAGCAAAGUCCACUCAUGUACGAGUGGUACCAGGAGCAGUACGUCGGCGCCGCCCAUGGCCUGGCUGGCAUCUACUACUUCCUCAUGCAGCCGGGCUUCGUGGUGGGCCAGGAGAGACUGACGACGCUGGUCAAGCCCAGCGUGGACUUUGUGUGCCAGCUGAAGUUCCCGUCGGGCAACUACCCGCCGUGCGUAGGGGACGAGCGUGACCUGCUGGUGCACUGGUGCCACGGCUCCCCGGGGGUCAUGUACAUGCUGCUACAGGCCUACAAGGUGUUCGGGGUGAAGCAGUACCUGGAGGACGCUUCCCAGUGCGCAGAGGUGCUGUGGCAGCGUGGCCUGCUCAAGAAGGGCUACGGCCUGUGCCACGGCGCCGCCGGCAACGCCUACGGCUUCCUGGCACUCUUCAAGGUCACUCGCGAGGCUAAGCACCUCUAUCGCGCCUGCAUGUUCGCAGACUGGUGCAUGAAUUAUGGCAAACAUGGCUGCCGAACUCCAGACACUCCAUUUUCUCUGUUUGAAGGCAUGGCGGGCACCAUCUACUUCCUGGCUGACCUGCUUCAGCCUAUGAGGUCAAAGUUCCCAGCCUUUGAGAUAUAAAGGUAUCCAUGGCAACCUUUAUGGAGUCCAAGGCUACUUCAACUAUGUUCUGGAAGGCUCUUUCACGUCUCUCUCUCUCUUUCUGUUUGCACAUGAGAACUCUAAAGUCAUGAUACACAUUUAUUGUCGUGGCUACAUGCUUUGAAUUUUUUUCUUAUCAAAAAAAAAAAGUUGGCAUGAAACACAGAGAUGACAAAACAACUUCACAUUACUACACACAUUCUGUGACCACACACGGUAAAGUGACGUGCAAGUCAGUGUGAACCCACAGAAGUCUCGUUAUAUAUGUACAAGUCCUGGUAUAAUUCUGUUCGGUCUGGUCCUGAGCUCAAGCCUAUUGCCCAUACGUGUAUGAAUAUUCAUUGGGUCGCUCCAAAACUUCCAAGGAAGUGAGUUUAAGAGAACAGUGAUCUGUAGGCAAACACUCUUUGCACUUGCCGUGUUGGUUUGCAUGCUAAGAGCUUGUAUGUGUCCGCCGGCAUCAUGGGUUUCACAGAAAAGAAAAUUGCUCUGAAUUAAGAGUUGUCUUAAGGAAAUGUGUGUGGGUGUGUGUGUGUGUGUGUGUGUGGGUGUGUGUGUCUGUAUGCGUGUGUAUGUGCGUGGGGUAGGGGGGUGGGGGUGUUGCAAUGCUGUCUGCUUGCCAUCAAGGAGUGACUGAUCAAAGGCAUACAAGUCGUGCUGAUAGGAAUCAAAUUCAUGUAUGGUACCUAGUUGUGUGCAUCAAAUGUGCAGCCCAUUCAUUUUUUACAUGUAUGUUGCUUACAAGCAAAAAAAAAUGUUUCAGUGUCAGUAUUGUAUGUGGAUAUAGCCAGUGUGAUUGAAAGUCACGUCUGCUUUAUCAUAAGGAUUCUGGGGGGUAUUUUUCUUCUUUUUUUUUUCUAAGUCCUUUAAUCACUUAGCAUGGCUAUACAUAUAUAUUAUUUUUUAUUUGAAUUUGUCAUGCCUGCUAUUUAUGCAGGCAGUUUCUUUUUUAUGGCAUUAAUAUGGCUCUGUAAAUAAGUACUAAACAGUGUAACUGCAAGCCUCUUCACUGAGCUAGUCCAUGUAGAUGCAACAUUGCUUGAUCUUUGUUUCUUACAUCUCCAUUAGCUCAAUAAUAAAAUAAUAUUUUUACGUCUGUCCAUCUGGUUUGCACUCUUUAUGCACCGGUGAGUGUGUUUACCUGAUCUCGUAGCAGCUGUAAACUAUUUUGGCCAAUUGAAAAACACAAUCAUCUUGUAUGGGUUCAAAUCACCUUUACCAAGUAUAUAUGCUGUCACUGGCCAGGUUUGGAAGACUGCAUCUUUAAGUAAGCUCAAGUUGUUAACUCGAGAAGGUAUUUUAUAGAUAAGUGUGUGUUUGGUUUGUGUGUGUAUGUGUGUGUGUGUGUGUGUGUGUGGGGCGGGGGGGGUCUGUAAGGUUGUUGGACUUUCACAUUAACAAAACUGAUUUAAAAUAACAUGGACCGCAUUUAAAUCUAAAAUGUGAGAAACCCUGUAUACGCUGUGUGAUGAAAGUAAGGAGCUCUACCUUUUGGGUCAGUUCAAGUGACAUAAGCUUGUAGUAGCAUCGUUUUUCCACAAAGUGGCACUAAAGACUUAUUUGUACUUAAGAGGCAGAGCUGGCACUUUGUAUGAGAUGUGAUCCAUAACUCUUAUGAGGGGCUGAGACUAGGAAGCCUCAGGAGUUUCUCUGCACAUCUUGUGGGGAUGUUUUGAUGUCUGGUCUAUUGUUCUACUUGCGUCCAGCUGAGUGAACGAGAUAUGUCUGACAUGAAAUUUUUAUAUAAAAUUGAUUUUAAGUUAACACCUAUAAAGACUGCCCUAAUCCCGUGAGAUGUAACUCGUUUGAUGACAGAAUUGUCCCCAGUCUGUACAUUCCCAUGUUUUACACAGUUCAUGUAAUUCUAUAACAAUCUUAACCGUAAUCUUUUGAGAGAUGUUGUUCCACUAGAAAUAUGCUGUAUUCAGUGAUGGCAAUGCCAAUUUGGGAACAUUUUUAAUGCUCACUUACUCCCUAUAUUUAUCAAAGAUGGCUGACUGAAGCUAUGACACUUUAAAUAAAAUGUUAUGACAUCUCAUUAA